AUGACUCGUGUAGUCCUGUUUGCGCUAUUUUUGUUCUACAUAAUAGAAGUACAAGGUCUCCAGUCUAUGUUUCUGCUGCGUGGAAAGGACUUACACCUGGAUGUAAAGAAAUUUGUUGAUUUGGACAAAAAGACUGAUUUGUUCUGGAAAUUUAAUAAAACUGACUAUAUAAUUAAACUUGGUUUUAAUAGUGAUCCGGUUGUGUUUGACAAAUAUGAAGGAAGGGCUGAGUUGUUUAGACAAAAUUACUCUUUGCUAUUAAAGAGUGUGCAACACAGUGACAGUGGAGAUUAUACUGCAGUAACAAUCAGCGGACAAGAGCAAAGGGUAGCUGAAUACAAGGUCAUAGUUCAAGAUCCAGUGACUCCUGCUGACCUGACAGUGCACCUUGUGUCCAACAGCUCAGACUCCUGUAACCUGACUGUGACCUGCAGAACAGUGGACUUUAACAUUAGCAGUAGUUUUAGAUGUGAUGCCCAACACUGCUCUCAUGCAGACAAAAAGGAUUUGAAUACCACAAAAUAUGUUUCCUCUCUAAAAGUUUACCUGCAUCAAGACACAAUUUUCUGUAAUCACAGCAACCAAGUUAGCUGGAAUCAGACCAUGAAGGUGCUCAAAUCUUACUGUGACAUAAAGACAGUUCCCAGUGGAGCCACCAUAAUUGCAGCUUCGACUUCUGUUCUCUUCUUUUUGACUCUCUUCAUUAUCAUUUGUGUCAUCAUGAAAUGUAAAGGUAGAAGAGGUAACGAGGAAAAUACUAUAUAUGCGGUUCCUGAGGAGAUCACUCCAGGCCAGACUCAAAGUCAGACUCCCUCAGGACAUGAAUCAUGUACUUCUCCAACAUCUACUUAUGCUUUGGUGGAGUUUCACACUGGACAAAAAUCCACUAAGACUGAAAACAUCCCUCAGCCAGAGACGGUGUAUGCUCAGGUUGACAGAGCUGCAAAGCCCAAUUCUACAGUCCAACAACAAACACACAGAGCUGAAGAAAACCAAUAACUGUAUUUAUAAUGAUCAACAGAGUUCACUGAUGUACCACAUGUGCAAAAUGUGGAUGUUCAUGUUACUGUGACCGAGAGAGAAACAUGUUAAUCAAAAGGCAUAUAAACUGUUCACUCACAUGUAGCUCACUUUAGACACAAGAGGCUGACUGCUGAGUGAUAUUGUGGUCUAGCUUAAGACAAAAAAUCGAGCUACUUUUAAUUUGAAUUAACAGAGAUAGUUCGCCCAGUUUGUAUUCUUUAAAAAUCUUGUUUUUGAGAAAAUGAAAUGGGCACAGAUUUUACAUACAUACCAACAAAAAAGUUAGUCAGCUGAGAACCAAUGAGUGUAUGUACCUACAGACUAUUGUGCAAUAUCUGCAAUAUUUAGUCUGUAGUGUGAUUACACUAACCAACUUACACUGGGGACGGUGGUUAGCACUGUUGCAUGUCCUCCCCGUGUUUGUGUGGGCUCUCCCCGGGUACUCCGGCUUCCUCCCACUGUCCAAAGACAUGCCGUUUGUGGUUUUUAACUUUAUAAUAUAAUAAAAAUAUAACAUUGUAAGAUUAUACAGUCUUGAAAAUGUGAAAAACUAUUUAUAGCCAGGUAAAAAUGGCAGAGGCUCAAAGAGGAGGAGAAUACAUGAACUAACACAGUACAUGUAAGUCUUAAAAGAGAUGCCAAUUUAUUUGGAUGCAUUUAAACUUUGAAACCAUUCAAAGGCAGAUAAGGUAACAUCCCUUUUAUCACACUGUGCAGCACACCUAAUCAUACUGAUAGACUGUUCUAAUACAUUACCAAUGGCCAUUUUUCCAGACUUGUGAAAAAAUGUCACAUGGUUGUAAAAAACAGUAGCCAUAAGUGUAUAGUCUGUAUGGGCUUUUGUGCAGUUGUGGCAGUGAUGGAGACAAUAGAAAAGCAAUUUGAAAGAGAUAUGAAAAAUUUAUGUUUUUGUUCCUGGCUUGUGCCUGUUUUUCAGUUAUGUGUCAACACAAUACUUGUUCAUCCCUUGAAUUAGAUGCCUUUUCUAUCCUUGAAUGAUUCAAGUAGUUUAACUCAAUGCAAAACAAAAAGAAAAGAAAAGUUUUCCUCUGAAAAGUUUCAGGUACAAGGACGGGGCUGAAAAUGAACAACAAACCAGUGUCAAAUUAUACUACCUUUCAAGCUAAGUUGUCCUACAAUUUAAUUAUGUUAUUUUCAUACCUUUUCCCUCAGAACAAAAACAAUAGUGCCACUAUCUGAAAGAAAAGAUGAUACAGUAGAGGCUUUAUCUUUUAUUUCCAAAAUACGUAAUAAUACAAAAUAAUGCAGGUUUAAUACUUUUAAAACUGCUUUCUAUAGAAAAAACUAUUUUUUUGUUGUUAUCUGUUAUUAAAUGAAAUCUCCAAACGUUGAUUCUGUUCAUCUGGACGUAGCGUUUUCAGUGGAAACAGAAUCAACGUUUGGAGAUUUACUUACCUGGAUGGUUGAGAAUUCAUCAAGACAGAUGAAAUCCUUAAAACAAUUUAAAAUUACAAAAACAUUCUUACAGAUGAAUUAAAGUUGAGUUUAUUAUUA